UUGCAACUGCGUCUUCCCUUCCAUCGCGCCGCGAUUCAUCCUCCACUCGGUCCUCUUCGCUCUUCCUCCUCCUCGUGGCAACUGGCAAAGGCAAUCCUCCUCCUUCCCGCGCUCUCUCGUCGUCCUCCUCCCCGGAUUUGAGGCACUCACUUCCUUCCCUUCCCCACCUGCUCUUCUCUCCUCGCCUUGUGCCUUUGCGCCAUUUCUUUCUUUCUUUCUUUCUUUCUUUCCAAUUCAAUAAUUAAAGCCACGUUGCGAGAGGAGGCGUUAGGUGAGGUGAGCGCGUGCUCGGCCCGUCGGCCGAGUCUCGGGAGAAGGGAGCCACUCUAAAGAAAUCCAUCCCUGCAAGGGGGAUCCGCCGCACCCACCCAGACCCAGAGAUGUGCCCGCUGCGGGUCAUCCUCAUCUUCCUCUCCGCCACCAUCGCCGGAUUCUUCCUCAUCCGGGGGCUCAACGCCGAGCCUGACCAAUUCGACGCCGACGACGACAAGGCCUCCGAGUCGGGAUCCCCCAGGGCGCCCGUACCCCUCCCUUCCAAGGUUGGAUCGGCUGUGAAAACUGGAUUCUGGACUCUGGUGGAUAUGGCAAGCGGGCGGUACCUCUGGCGCACCCUUGUCGCACAACCCGCACAAUCUGAGUCAGAAAAGGCCCGGUGACAAAUGUUCAUAAUUUAUUUUGUAUUUUUUUCUGAUUGAGUGCCAACAGAGAUGAGGAUAGGCACAAUCUGUUGUUCUUACAUGUUGGUGUUGAUAUGUACUAUGGUGGCAAAUGUAACAUGGCUGGGGAUUAUAUGCUAAAGUAAAUGUGCAGAAUUGUUCAUGUUUGAGCAUUGAGUUGUAGAAUACUGUGUGUGUGCAAUGCUGGGAGUAUGGACUUUGGACAUGGCAUUUGGGCUGAAGUUUGCACGAUUUUUGUCUUUGCACUAAACCCAUGCUUAAAUGUGAGACUUGGAGCAUGUAAUAAAUUUUAGUAGCUGAAA